AUGCGACGAUCUAGGGGAAUAACGUCACGUUCUUGUUCGCAAGAAAAUUGUGCAUCCCUUGGUCGGGCAAAUGUUCGACAAAAUUGCACAAAAUGACCAUAUUUCAAGCAAAUAGAUUAUUCUAGGUUCUUACUUACGAGGGUUCAUGCUGCGGCCCCUGGGAGAAAAUACUUCAAAUAUUUAUUUUAUAAAAAAAUUGCAGCCAAUGAUCUUCGUCUUCAUUAUUGAAUAACGAGCUUAAAUCCGCGCCAAUGACCGUCUCAACCCAUCGCAAUUGUCGAGGAGAAGAAAUUUGAAGCUUGUUCUGCCAGGAGGGUAGCAAUGUCGGCUGAUGAGGCCCGUCUGCCGGAGGCCGAGCGGCUGGCGGCGCUGGAGCGCGAGCUGACGGCGCUGCACGAGCUGUGCCGCCGCUCGGAGCUGCCGCACGACCAAGUGAGCCGCGCGCUGAGGCCGCUCGUCUCGGCCGUCGACUGGUCCACGGGCAUCAACAGGGCUCGGUACGUGGGGCGCGUGGUUGGCGUACUGCUGGUGCUCUGUGCCGCGCUGUACCUGAUCGGCUCCGCCAAACCCGUGCAGCAGGCGGCACACUUCUACACGCGCGUCGCACUGGUCAAGAUUCUGCCGUACUGGGACUGGACCGGCCUGUACACUAUGACGUGUCUGGUGGAGAAUCCCCUGUACGAGGAGACGGACCGCCCGGUCAGAACCGAGGACUCCUGUCAGUUAUGCGAGUCUCUGGACGAGCUGGAGCGCGUGUCGAACGUCAGCGCCGCUGUCGUCACGGACAACUACCUGCGCCUGGACCGGCCCGUGGUGGUGACGGACGGAACACGCGACUGGCCGGCCCUCGAGGACGGCGUGUUCGACCGACACCGGCUAGUCAAGAUGUUCAAAGACAGAGGACUGGCCGAGAGUCGGCCCUGUGAGCUGCUCACCAAUCUGAAGGCGCGCGACGACAUGCAGCUGCUGCUGGACAAAAUGAGCAACCCCGUCAUCAAGAAGUGGUUCGCCCACUGGGAGAACUGUGACAAGAUGGCUGCCAAGGUGCUCCGUACGCUGUACCGUCGGCCGUAUUUUCUGCCGGCCAUGGUGGAUACCACCGACUCCAACUGGGUGCUAGUCUCCUCAAACUACACGGGAAAUGUCUAUAAAAUGCUUCCCGUGGUGAACGACAUGGUGUGGAUGGCGCAGCUGCAGGGCACCACAGGGCUGCGCCUGACGCCGCGCUCUCCGUGCGCCAGCCUCUGUCCCGAGAUUGUGGACACACUGCACGAGGGCGAGAUCUUGAUGUUUACCGACUUUCUCUGGAUGCUGGAGUACUUACCGGGAUACGGCACGGACAACGUGGCGGUGGGCGCCGGAGGCUACUGGGAGUGACCUCUGCGCUGACCUCUGGUGACCGGAGGUUACUGGGAGUGACCUCUGCGCUGACCUCUGGUGACCGGAGGCUACUGGGAGUGACCUCUGCGCUGACCUCUGGUGACCGGAGGUUACUGGGAGUGACCUCUGCGCUGACCUCUGGUGACCGGAGGCUACUGGGAGUGACCUCUGCGCUGACCUCUGGUGACCGGAGGUUACUCCUGGGAGUGACAUGUGCGCUGACCUCCGGUGGCCCCGCCCCGCUCGGCCGAACGAAGAGACCGCCGCCCACUGGACGGAGGAGGACCCGACUACUGCAGCUUUGUGUAUUCGUGCAAUCGUGUUUGUCGCUUUUUUGUGGCGCUGGUGGCUGAUUUCAUUGGUAUGGUGCAUGGUGGCAGCGGCAGAGAUGUGCAGGCACAUAUACGUGUGGUACUGCCUAAACUGCUGAUUUAAUGAGCUUCAUAUGUGCUCCGGCAGUUCCGGCACAUAUUCCAUUUUGCUUAGCAAUGGUGGCUAAUAAAAUUUGUUGCAAUGCGACGUUGUUGCAUCUUGGAAAUAAAUUUAAGCAUAUCACACCAUG